GUUCCAUCGACUGAAAUACCAACAUUAUAUCCUGGAAUCGAUUUGGAUGAAGAAGUGAAUUGGAUGAAGUGGGCAAAUGUUAAUGGGAAAAUAGAUAUUCAUCGAUUAAGUGGCUCAGUCGGUGAUCUUUUGAUCGAAAUGGACCAUCAGUGGUCAAAAUUUAUUAUGCAUUCCUACAUAACACAUGCUCAAUUCGAGCACAUUCGUACUUUAAAACAGUCACUUGCAUCUGAUUCGGCUCUCGUUCAUAUGGACUUCGCCGAAAACUACAUUAUUAACAUCGUUAUAGUAUCUGACUAUUUAAGUCAUGAUACAACAUUUGUAUCUUGUGCACAAAAAUUGAUCUGCAAUCAUAUUAAAACAUUUUAUCCAUUAGUGACGACUAUUCUGUACUUAAGUGAUGGGUGUUCUGGUCACUUUAAAAAUAACUUCUCGAUGCUAAAUUUGAUAAAACAUUAUGAAGAUUAUCAGUACAAGGCUGAGUGGAUAUUUUAUUCGACUAGUCAUGGAAAAGGUCCAGUGGAUGGCUUAGGAGCUGUUGUUAAGAGUGCCGCACGUCGUGAAACUAUGAUAGUAGAUGGUCCACAAAAGGCUUUGCUUUCACCGGUCGAGUUCUAUGAUUUCUUAAAGCAGAAAUUCUGCAGCAAAUCCACAAACUCCAUAUUGGACAUGCCACACAUCCAUAUAGGACAGAUAGCAAAUAGCGAGAAAAUACAUAUAUGGUAUCUAAGUGAAUUUAAUAUCAGCGAACAUUUCGAUGAGUAUCUAUCCGAUCGCUGUAAAACUCGUCCUUCUACUGGACCUAUAUUUGGAAUACGAUCGUAUCAUCAUUUUCAAUCGCUUGACAAUGCCACCAUUCGUUGUAAAACAACCAGUGAUUCAAUGAGUUAUGAAGAUUUUACAAUGUUCAUAAAACAUCAGUCAAAACUGAAAUGCGUAAAACGUGUGUUGACAAUGAAUGAUGUUAAUGUUAAUGACUAUAUUGCUGUCGAAUACCAAGAUGAUUGGUGGCUAGCGAUGAUUCAAGCUCUCGAACCUACUUUAAAAGAGCUACACGUGACAUUUCUCCAUCCACCCGGGCCACGAACAUCAUUUAAAUUUCCUGUCCGACCAGAUGAGCUCAAUAUUGAACUAGGAAAUGUCAUAUGUUUGCUUUGCCAACCUCCGACACUUGGUACACGAUACAACUACACAAUUCAACAGCAUCUAUGCGACGAGAUACAAGAGCUUUUCUCUGAAUAUUAA